AUGGGGAUGGAAUUUCUAGUUCUGCAGAAGGUUACGUCGGAAUUGCCAUCGGCACACAUACCUGUGGCGCACUGGAAGAUUCCUAAUGAUAUUCAGCUGGCUGAUCCGAACUUCAAUAUAAGCAAUCGGAUCGAUCUCUUGAUAGGAGCAGAGCACUUCUAUCGUUUCCUGUUCGAGAGAGAUAUGAAACAGAUCAAGUUGGGACCAGGGCUGCCAAUGCUGGUCAACUCAGUAUUCGGUUGGAUCGUCACGGGGAAGGUUUCGGAAGCUCCGAGUAAGGCAGUAAGCUGUUACUUAGCGGCAACUCCGGAUAACUUGGAAGUACAGUUGCAGAAGUUUUGGGAGAUCGAGAGUAAUGAAGAACGAGUGGCUUGGUUAAAGGAGGAACAGGACAGCGAAGAUCAUUUCUUGAGAACAUUCAGCCGUACGGAGGAAGGUCGGUACGUCGUACGUCUACAUAAGCACGUGAAUUUCGAGCAGAUGUUGGGCGACUCUCGCGCAAUGGCGCUAACGCGAUUCAAGAGAUUGGAAAAGCAACUGGAGAGGAAUCCGGAGAUGCGGUUGCAGUACAAUGCAUUCAUGCAAGAAUAUUUGGAUCUUGGGCAUAUGAGAGAAGUCAGUGGAGAUGAAAUUCAGAAGGAGGCAGCGGCAACAAGUGCGAAAAGGUGUACUACUUGCCACACCAUGCAGUGCUUAAGGAAUCAAGCACCACUACAAAAGUACGCGUCGUCUUCGAUGCGAUUCGUGCUCUACAUCAACUUGCGGCAGAUGAAGGAGAGGAAUACCCGGAAGCUGCCAAUGCUGUAG